CUAUUUAAGCAUCUCGCUUCCUAUCUCUCUCCCUCUCAUCACCAAUCUUGAGGCGUGUCUUCGCUCUCUCUCGUCGUCUUUUUUCCAGAUGAAGAUCACCUUCCUCACUCUUCUCCUUCUUCUUCUCGCUCUCUCUGCCUCUGCUGUUCCUGCAACCAGAUCCCAUUAUCUGAACGCCCAAGAUGCGUUGCCUCUCUCUUAUUUACCCCAGGUGAGUGAUGCGGUGGAACUAGGAAAUGUUUCCGAGGUUGUGGACGAAGCAGGAUUGAUAGAGAGAAGGAUGGAUUUGGAAACUCAGGACUAUGGAGGCACUGGAGCAAACAAAGAUCACGAUCCAAAACCCCCUGGAAAAGCUUGAAUCGUGAAUUUUAAAUAUGUAAAGGACGGGAUGUAAUAUAUAUGCAUAUGCAAUAUUUAUGUAUAUAUUAUUAUAUCUUGAUAUGUCCUAGUCUUAUAAUCAAUACAGGCUUGACCCCUUCCCUAUCCCUCUGUUUAAGCUUAAUUCUGCUCUGUAUGGUCUUACUGAUUCUCAAGUAAGAUCACUUCUCAUUGGAUAAUUAAGCCACGCUCGUCUCCAUGUUCCCGGUAAAUUGAAGAUCCAAUCAGGCAAACCAGAUAGCAAAGCAUUGGUCUCUCACCAUCAGAGUUACAGGACAUCGAUUAUCUUUUAUCCGAUGGUGCGUUCAUCGCUCAGAUUAAUAUGUACUUUAUAAGUAUUCCGACGAAUCAAGUGGAUGAAAUCUUUUUCAUCCUGAAUAUUUUUGUAUCAGUGUUAGCUUUAUUUGAUGGCCAUUGUCAGCUGAAUAAAAGUACUCUAUAUCAAUUCAAGCACCCAGUUUAUUGCAGAA